AUGAAAUUUGGAAAGCAUUUGGAAGCUAGGCAGUUGGAAUUUUUAGAACACAAUGGUCAUUUUAUGGAUUAUAAGGCUUUGAAAAAAGUCAUUAAACAAUUAGCAUUCCCAAUCAAUGAUGAACCAAGUCUAUCAAAUAAUGGAUUUGAAACUGAUAACAAUAUAACCACUAUCAGCAAUGACGUGUUAUUAGAUUCGGAUAAUGACAUGGAUCAAUCAAUAAUUCAUAAAAGACUACAAGAAAAUAAAGCAACUUUCUUCUUUAAACUAGAACGUGAGUUAGAAAAAGUUAAUUCUUACUAUUUGGAAAAAGAAAUUGAAAUGCAUGUUAAAUUUGAUAUUCUAAAUUCAAAAUACAAUAAAUUUAUAGAAAAACAAAAGAACACAACCACAGGCGCAUUGGCCUAUAAGAAUCUAUAUAGUGGUUUAAGAAAGUUACAACAUGAUCUAAGUGAUUUAGAACAAUAUGUGGAAUUAAAUAGGACAGGGUUCUCGAAGGUCUUGAAAAAAUGGGAUAAAAGAUCGUGCUCACAUCAAAAGGAAUUUUAUUUGGCGACAGUUGUAUUAGUCCAGCCAGUUUUCACUCACACUGAUAUUUCAGAAUUAACAGAUACUGCUCUAAAUAUGAUCUCUGAGUUGGAGAAGGAGAAGUAUUUCAAAAUGGAUAGUAAUAAUAGCUUUUUGAACACAAAAGAUACCAAACAAAAGCUGGAUAGAUCUUUAAUUAGUUCUUCUAUACAUAAAUCAACUAUUUUAUUAACGAAUGGUGUUAAUUCCUUUGAUUCAUCUUCUGUAAUUGAAGUAGGAUUUGAUGAUAAGGCAGUAACAUCGAUGUCAGAUAGUUUGGAUAGUGAUAUCGAACUAGAGACCUCCAAUUGGUACGCUGAGUUGCUUAAUAUAUCGAAGUUGUCGGAUCAUGAGAAGCGUCUUCAAAUGCUGCAUAAUUUUACCACUAAUAAAAUUGAAAAAUAUUUUAACAGUUUUCAAGCUUUAGGAAAUGCAAUCGAAAAGACCGUUAUAUUAAAAGAUAUAGUAACGAAAAUUUUUAUUUUACUGAUUGAUACUAAGAUGGAUGAUGAAGCUUUAAAAAUAUUCUAUGAAAAUUGCAACUCCUACAUUAACUUGACAUAUUAUGAGGAAAGCAAAGUAUUCUCAAGCAGGAAUAUUAUUCAUGAGGCUGCCAGAUGCACAACACAAUCUAGAGCAUUUAUUCUGGAAGAAUUAUUAUCAAAUACUACUAUACCGAAAGAUACAGUUGAGCAAAUGCUCAAUAAAAAAGAUUUCAAUUUUAGAUGUCCGAUUCACUAUACCUCAGAGCUUGGAAAAUCAGCAUUUACUAAUCUUAUAUUGAAUGCUGGCCCUAAUUGUUCAAUUGAUAUAUUAGAUUCUAGUUCUAAGACUCCUUUAAUAUUGGCAAUUGAAAACGGCCAUAAUGAUAUCGUGCGAGCACUACUUCAUGAUGGGAAAUCUAAUCCUUUCCCGCGCUGUAAUAAUGUGGCUAUACAACAAUUUAUUCCAUUAAACGUUGCUUGCUACAACAAUAACUAUGAUGCGGCCGCUAUGUUGUUAGAACCGAGUCACGUUGAUUUAUCUUCAUUAUUUGACGCCCAUGGUUUAGCUCCGCUACACAUUGUUUCAAAAAUUGGUGGUGAUCCAAAAUUAAUCGACUUAUUAAUUAAAAGAGGUGCCGAUCCAAAUGGCAUUGACAAAUUUUCAAAAUGGACACCAUUAUUUUAUGCAGUUCAACAAGAUCAUGCAGAUACUGUAACUGAGCUGUUGAAGCAUGGGGCAAAGACAGAAAUUGUCGACGAAGAAAACUUAAAUCCACUUUUUUACGCGUUAUGGGAAGGUUACGUUGAAGUUCUAAACUGUUUACCAAAAUCCAUUGAAAGCACGAGGCCUCGACCUGAUAGGGAAUUUUCUAUUGAUUCAGUAGAUUCUUUAAAUUCUUUUGAUAUCUCCAAUCCAAUUGAUGAACUUGUAGACAUUCCUGAUUUUACAUUACCACCUCCAAUUAUACCCUUAAGAAAGUACGGUCAUAAUUUUUUGGAGAAAAAAAUCAUAGUAAAAGUUGGAUUACGUUCAGAUCAAAGUUCAAUUAAAUUAUUUAAUAACAUAGAAUCAAUCUUUUUAGCACCAGGCCGUAUUACUAUUACAUCUAAUAUUGCUGGUAUAUUUCCAAGAAAUGUCGUAUUACCAUUGAAAGAGAGGGAUGAAGAAGAAAUAUUAUUUCACGUUCCAUCAUUACAUAAUUUCUCCGUUGAUUUUGAAAUAUUUUCAAAAUUUGGUACUAAGUUAAUUGGGAAAACAACAGUUAUUCCAUCAUUAUUUCAAUCUCAGAUGGUAAAUGGAUGGAGCACCUUGUCUUCUCCAAUAUAUGAUACAAAUUUACUUAAUAUUGGUGUUUUAACUUUUGAUUAUAAUGUUAUCUUACCAUUUAACGGUACACCAUUGGGAAUAACAGAGUAUGACACAUACUGGAAGGCAACAGUAGGUGAUUCAAAUUUACCAGCCAAGAUUGGAAAUGUUUCUAACAGCAUUAUUAGUAAUAACAAUAAUAGCAAUAAUAAUAGCAACAAUGGGGGUAAUAAUAAUAAUAGUAAUAUGGGGAUAUUGACUUCCUCAUCAUUGGGAGGUAAAUAUGUUACAUUGAGAGUUUUUGCAUUAAACGAUAGCACUAUAGUUUGUUCACCAAAAUUUUUCAUCGAGAAUGAAGAGACCAAAUUUUUGUUAAAUGAUUUGACAAAAAUUCAAUUACAGCAAUUAAUGAAUUCUGAAAUCGAUAUUUUACCUUCAUUUGAAGAUGCAUAUGAGAUAGAAACUUUCUUACAAGAUCGUGUCGUAAAUUUUUCAGAAUUUAUUGCUAAAGUACCACCUAAUAUUCAAUUAGAAAUUCAAGUUUGCUUUCCAACAAAUCUCGAAAUGGAACUAAUACCGAUUAAGAUGAAUCCUAAAAUAGAUUGUAAUUCGUUUAUUGAUCAAAUAUUGAGUAUUGUAUUUGAUCAUGAGAGAAUCAUACGUAAAAAAGGAUUGCCAACAAGGCCAAUAUUAUUUAGUUCUUGUAAUUUGCAAGCAUGCUCAAUAUUAAAUUGGAAACAGCCUAACUUUCCUGUUUUGUUUAACUUGAAAUCUAUUAAAUCAGAUAAAAAUAACAUCUUCUAUAGAGACUCCCCACAUAACUUAAAAGAUUUAUCUAUGGAUUCCCAAGAUGUUAAAGUGGUAGACAAUAGAUCAAGUUGCAUUCGAGAUAUUAUUCGAUUUGCCACAGAUAAUAAUUUAUUAGGUGUUAUAUUGCCCUCGGAGUUAUUACAAUUAUCCCAAGCAUUAAUCAAUGCCAUUACAUCACACGGGCUGCUAGUAGUUGGUAGUAUUGAAAAUGAUGAAGAUUUACAUAAAUUCAAUCUAGACAUCAAUGGCGUUAGUAUGAACAGUUCGCUAGUAUUUCUAAGCGGUAUGGAUAUCUGA